CGUCUCCUUCCCCAAGUCUCAGGGCAGAGGGAGCAAGACACAGACCUCACCCAGGCUGUGGGGCGGCAGAGGGGACAGAAGCGGACCUCUGCGCCCGAGGACAUCCUUGAGGACAUUUGUGGGACGAGAGAGAGUCCCCAAAGCGAACCCAUGGCUGGCACAUUUCCUCAGGACGGAGCGACGAGGAAAAGAAGGAAGCUCCCCCACACCACCGUGCAGAGGCUCCUGAGCUGGGGGCUGCCUGUCCCCUGCAGCCGGUUCCUGCAGCGCCAGCCGGGAUCUUUUCCCAUUGCCGCCUUCCUGCUGGGGGCGAGCUCCGGAGGGCUCCUGGCCCUGGGUCUCUUUCAGCUCCUGGUGAACCCUAUGGACAUCUACGAGGGUCAGAAGAUGGUGGCGUUGUACAGCGUGGUGGGCUUGGGCGCGCUGGGCUGGGGGACCUCCCCUCACAUCCGCUGUGCCAGCCUCCUGCUGGUGCCCAAGAUGCUGGGCAGGGAGGGCCGGCUCUUCGUGCUGGGAUACGCCUUGGCCGCCAUCUACGAGGGACCCGCGGCCAACUUGCGCUACAACCUGAACGAAGUGAUCGCGUCGCUGGGCUGCACUGUAGAGUUACAGGUCAACAACAGCCGCGCAGCCUGGCGCGUCUCCACAGCCCCGCUGCGGGCAGUGUUCAAGGACCUGCUGGGCAGCAAAGAUUCGCUGAAAGCCGAAACUCAGAACAUCUCCAAGUCUUUUGAGGACCUGGAUGCCCAGGUGAACAGUGACACUGGCUACACGGCCGAGAACACCACGGGCUUCGAGGGGACGGCCCGCAGUGUGAAGACUCACCGAGCUCUACCUCCCAGGCACCGUCUCUCUACACAGAAGAUGUAUGAGCUGAAGACCAAACUGCACUGCUCCCAUGUGGUGGACCGGGCCAUCCUCAGCUGCCGCCGCUGGUUUGACCACAAGCAUGAACGGUGCAUGCAGCGCAUCUGGGUCCCGCUGCUCAAACACCUGCUCUGCUUGCCCAUGAAGUUCAAGUUCUUCUGUGGCAUCGCCAAGGCGAUGGAGGUGUGGUGCCGCCACCGUAUCCCGGUUGAAGGCAACUUUGGGCAGACGUACGACUCCCUCAACCAGUCUAUUCAUGACCUGGAAGGGGAGUUUUCGGCCACCAUUGAGCUCAAGGAAGGGAAGCAGGCAGCGGUGCUGGGCCUCAACCCAAGCUGGGAGCACAUGAGCACCGAGCUGCGGGACUAUGUCCGCCACCAGGAGGCCCAGCUGGAGUGGGCCCUGGGGCUGCUGCGUGCGCUGUUCUCCUGCACCUUCCUGCUGGUCCUUCACGCGUCCUUCUCCUACGCGGACAGCUAUAAUGGCGACAUCCGAUUUGACAACAUCUACAUCAGCACCUACUUUUGUCAGAUCGAUGAACGCAGGAGGAAGCUGGGCAAACGGACAUUGCUACCACUGCGCAAAGCCGAGAAGAAAACCGUCAUCUUCCCCUGCAACCCCUCGGUGCAGGCCUCGGAGAUGAGAAACGUGGUGAGGGAGCUUGUGGAGACGCUGCCCGUUCUUCUCCUGCUACUACUGCUGUGCGGCCUGGACUGGGCCCUCUACUCCGCCUUUGACACCAUCCGCCACCACUCCUUCCUGCAGUACUCCUUCCGCAGCAGCCACAAAUUGGAGGUGAAAGUCGGGGGGGACUCCAUGCUUGCCCGGCUUCUUCGGAAAACCAUUGGAGCCCUGAACACGUCCUCGGGGACAGUGGUGCAAUCGGACAACAUGGCCUGCCUGCCCCAGCCUGUGAGCCUGGACGCCAGGGCUUACGUGAGAGCUGCACUCCCCAUCAGCCUGCUGCUGUGUCUCUGUCUGCUCCAAGCCUUCGCCUACCGGCUCCGGAGGGUCAUCGCUGCCUUCUACUUCCCCAAGCGUGAGAAGAAGCGGAUCCUGUUCCUCUACAAUGAGCUGCUGAGGAAGAGGGCAGCCUUUACGCAGCUGAGGAGGGCUGCCAUCCUGAGGCGGGCACAACAGCAGAAGGCUCCACGCCACCGCCUGGCCGACCUCCUGCUCCGCCGCUGCCCGCUCCUGCGCCACUGGUUGCGUGGGCGCUGCGUGGUGUGCCAGGCGCCCGAGACGCCCGAGGCCUACGUGUGCCCGACGCCGGACUGCGCGGCCGUGUACUGCCGGCCGUGCUGGGACGACAUGCGGCGGCGGUGCCCCGCCUGCACCCCGCGCGAGGAGCUCUCGUCCUCCGCCUACAGCGACAGCAACGACGAUGCCACCUACGCGGAGUGAGGGGGCGUCCUGCCCACCAGCUCCUCUGCGGUUAAUAAAAGCCGGUACACUCCCCACGCCCGCGCUUCCCAGGGGUCUGACCGGCAGU